GACCAUCAUCCACCUUACCGUCUACCAGACUACCACCACCACCGUUCGCCCUCUUUCCUCCUCCCGGCACCCUCCCCUCUUUCCCAGCUCCUCAUCCUUUUCAUUUCCACUCAUUCGCAUAGUAUUACUAGUACUCAACAACGGAUACCACUCAGUGCAGCCGCGACAACCAGUUGACGCGGACAGUUUAAACACAUUAGUGCAUCAAUAAAUUUGUUUAACAACAAUUGCUUUUUCAUUCCCAAAAAUCUAAAAUAUAAUUAACCGAUCUCUAAUAUUUUUAAUAUUUAAUUUUAUUUAUUGUGACAAGUAUUAACAUUUAUAUAAAUUAUCAAUUAAGAAAUGAAAGUGAAUAAGUUAUUUAUUUUAUUCUAAAAAAGGUUUAUUAUCUGUGCCUUGCAUAUGUGCUUGUAUAAUAUUUAUUAGUAUCUAUGGUGCAUCUAAGUACUGCCAUGGAUUUUAAAUAUUAUUUCAAAAAUACGACUAUCAAUGAUUGAUAGUAUGACACUAAAUUUUUUCUAUCAAAAUAUAUAAUGCUUGAUGUUACAUUCGUCCAUUUUUUAAUUUCUGGUUAUUGACAUCAUAAUCAAGUGUUUAUUUGGAGGAUCUCAUACUCAGGAAAAUGGUUAAGAACACGUCAACGUUUUGCGUCGCGACGCCAUUAACCUUGGCUCUGAUACUACUUUCAAACUUACGACAAUGUGACUCUGUCUCUGAAAGUAUCAUCGGCAGCCGAGAAACUUGUGAUAUUGAGGGGGAAGAUUUCACGGUUGACAAGAUACCUAACACGAGAUGUUUCAGUUGCAUCUGCAAGAAUGGAUUUGUCGAGUGUUUACAACAACAGUGUCCAAGCAUAGAGGGCUGUUACACUUUAUUAGAGCGACAUGAUGACGAAUGCUGUCAUCGCUGCAAAGGAUGCGUGAGAAACGGAGUGCACCAUGCAUCGGGAACAGAGUGGACGGAGCCGAGCGAUCCAUGUCGAAUUUUAGCGUGCAAAGCCGGCGUGAUAACAGAGUCGAAAUUGAGGUGCUAUACGCCGUGCAAAAAUCCAGUGCCACCGGCAGCGGGUCAGUGCUGUCCAACCUGUUCGGGAUGCUUCGUUAAUGGGCAAAAGGUGACGGCCGAUCGAACAGUUACCACCACCGAGGACCCGUGUGUUACCUGCAGGUGUAAUUUCGGGCGACUUACUUGCGCCAAACAAGCCUGUCCGGUACAACAUUGUCCUCUGUCGAGGAUUGUUCACGAACCUGGUGAAUGUUGUCCUCAUUGCACCGGCAGCGGACGUUACAUGUCACCUCCAAAAGGCGCCUGUAUGCUCAGUCAAGCAGUUUACAAUUCCGGGUCAACAUUUUACGUGGACCAAUGCACGCGAUGCUCGUGCUCAAAUUCAACGAUAUCCUGCAUAAAAGAGACCUGUCCGGUACUGGAAUGCACACCUGAGCACCAAGUUACCGUCCCAGGGCGAUGCUGUCCUCAGUGCCCGGCAGUCGGCGAGGAACCACGCGCGUCUUGCACCUACGGCGGACGUUCCUACCUGGAUGGCGAAUCAUGGAAACUAGAUUCCUGCAAGGCAUGCGCUUGCAUACAGGGCAAAGUAAGGUGUGCGAUGCCCAUGUGUCAGCCAAUAAGUCUGCCUUGUCCGCCGAAUUCCCGACUCGAGCACCCGGAGGGCCAGUGUUGUCCGCGCUGUGUUGAAAGCGAUGGUGUCUGUACUGUUUUUGGAGAUCCGCACUACAAGACAUUCGACGGAAAGUUCUUCAGCUUCAAAGGUCCGUGUAAAUACCAGCUGGUCAGCGAUUGUCUGGGACAUACUUUCAGUAUUCGAGUUACCAAUGACGCGAAAUCUUCUAGAUCUUCUGCUUGGACGAAAACUAUCGCUUUGAAGGUAGGAGAUUUAAGAGUGAAUCUCGGGCAGAGAAUGAGAGUAAAAGUUAACGGAAUGAAAAUCGACGUGCCGUACCGAUUGCCGAACAAACUGGAGAUAAACCGAACUGCCGACAGUAUUUUAGUAAACACAAAAAUUGGUAUUAAAAUACUUUGGGACGGAAUUGGGUUUAUUGAAGUUUCAGCGCCGACAAGCUACCGCGGAAGACUCUGCGGCUUGUGCGGAAAUUUCAAUUCCAGGCCCAAGGAUGACUUUACGACGCGCAGAGGUCGUUUAGUGCAAGAGCCGUACCCUUUUGGACAAUCCUGGGCUGUUGGGUCCAAAAAAACUUGCGGGAAGCCCCGGAUUGAUAGGGAGAGAAGGUGUAUUAGAAGUCGGCAAGAUCAUAGGCUAUGCAGUCGACUGAGAUCGCCAAUAUUCGAGGCAUGCCAUAAAAAAGUAAACCCAACAAUGUACUAUAAAUCAUGCCUGCAAGACAUGUGUGAAUGUCCAACGGACAAUUGCUACUGCCAAUCAUUUAUAGCGUACGUACGUGAAUGCCAACGACUGGGAAUUCAGUUGCAACACUGGAGGAAAUCUACAAAAUGCCGACCGGUAUGGGAAAUUAGCACGCCUGGGACGAAUAAUAUCAGGCGACGUCGCCAUUAAUAAUAAAUAAAAUUAUUACUUAUUAAAUGUGUAUUCAAAUUA